AGUAAACCGACCAAAGUCCCAAGCUAGGAAGCAGCUGGUGCUGGCUGUGAUGCUAAGCUCUGGACAGCCUGCCCCUUGUCAGGAAUCAGACAUGCAGACUACAGCAGCUUGCACUGUGAGCAAAGGAAAUGACAGCUGCAGCGCUGAGUGAUACUCCGUGCUUGGACAUCAUAUUGUCCUCAUCUGGAAUGGAAAGGAGCUUUUCGUACCAGGAGGCCGGCUUCUUGACAAGCACUGUUCAGGAUCUCCAAUGGAGUCCAAACCAGGAAGAACUCCCACGUCUAUUUCUGAAAUCAUGCAGUCCUCUUUUCGCCUUCACGUUCCUUGCUACUUCCACAUUGUCCACGAGAUGGCGCCAGAUACCAAUAGUUGAAGAUGGAAGCGUUGGGCCUAAGAACAGUCACUUAAGCUGCGGAUGGAUCUUGAAAGAAUGUCAACUUUGCCUCUCCUAAUUCUUCUAAAAUAUAUUCUUAGUUGCAUACUAACCCUAUAGGUAGUUUUUUAUAUCCAUAUUUCUGAAGAGCAUAUUCCUGAAUAUAAAUACUACUCAUGAAUAUAUGUUCUAAGCCUCCUAACCUCUCCACUGUCCUAUCUUUUGCCACAGCAGAGAAGGUAGAGACUCAUUAGACAGUCCUCAAAAUUAUGACAUUAAAAACGAAAAUGAAU